CCCGUUGGGGCGGGGAUGGGGAUGGCUUUUGUACCCGCCAUAGGUGAUGGGGCGGGGAUGGGGAUGAAAAUUUUAGGUGGGGAUGAGGAUGGAGGGACCUACAUCCGCAUCCGCCCCGCCCCAUUGACAUCCCUAAUUGAGAUGAGAGAGAAACUUAGAGAGAGAAAGAAACCUAAGAGGAAGAAGAAACCUAAGAGGAAAAAGAAAUCUAAGAGACAAAACAACCCAGCGCCGCCUGCUAAAUGUACCAUCAACCAUGAAUCUCCUCCUUUUGAGCUCACCCCCUUACCAACCAAGCACCAAAACAGCCAUUGUUCUUCAGUAAGUCAGUCAUAUCUCACCCCUUUUGGGUCGUCUCUUCCAUUUUCUCUUAAAAAUCAAGAAAAUGGAACCCCUAAAUUUGUAGAUCUUGAUUAUUGUGGUUUAAUGGUUACCCAAAACCGGCCAAAUUAUAGAUCCACCGGGUACUUUUUUCUUCGAUUUGAUAUCGUCUUCGGUGUAAAGUGCCAUGUUCGAAGAUCAGAUCGAAUAUGUUAUAAGUCGGGUGACGCGCGUGGGCAAUCGAGUCCCUAUCUUUACCCAGAUUGCAAAUUGAUCAUCACCAACUCAAGGGUACCCCUCUCACUUCACACCCUCACACAACUACACUUCCUCCUCCUCCGGUGAUGGUUCGUUGGUAUCCCCUUCCAUUGGAUACCUUCAAACUUAACUUUGAUGGUUCUUGUAAAUCUUCUUCAGCAGCAACAGGAAUCAUUAUCAGAUACAACAUUGGUCAACCUAUUACGACAUAUACCUACAAUCUUGGUCAUUCUCAAGCCUUUAUGGUCGAAGCUAGUGCUCUUCACAAAGGUAUCCAAGAAGCCAAGCGACUCAAUAUCAGAAGACUAUACAUUGAAGGUGACAACCUUCUCAUCAUCAACUCAGUUAAAGGAAUAUGGUCAACUCCAUGGAAGCUUCAUAACAUCAUCAUUGACAUAAAAAGUCUCCUCCUCACUUUCAACAUAUGGGAAAUUAAGCAUAUUUUCAGAGAAGCAAAUAGAGCAGCCGACUGGAUUGCAAAUGUUGGACAUCUUAUUAGUGACAAAAUGUUUAUAGACCCUUGUAAUAGCCCGCAAUUACUUUCUAUUCUUAGCAGUGAUUACUUAGGAGUGACCCUCGAGCAGAGGGGCUCUUAAUGAAUUAUUCUUCUUACCUUUCAAAAAAAAAAAAAAAAAAUAAUUACAUAAACCUGUCUUAUAUAAACUUUUGUAAUAGAUUAGAUAUUGUUACUAUUAUAUACUUGUAGCUCUUGUUAAAUUAUCCAACUUUUAAUCUCAUUGAUAAUGCUA